CAAAUGUCUAUCUUAUCAUUUUGGUAAUUGGUAGGUAAGUUUUUUUUAAAAAUUUAAUUUUUUUUACUGUAGGUUAUAGUACCUACAUCGGCUACAUCUUAAAUAUUAAUAAUCAAAUUAAUCGUAGAAAUAACCAGAAUGAAAAUACCUAACUACCGCACAUGGAAUCUAUUUAAAAUUGGAAAUUGGAAUUAAAAUUUUUAGUUAAGUUUAAAUACUGAAAUGCACUCGAAGGGAGAUUCCAGUCAAGCAAAGGAUGACAUUGAUUUACUAGAUGAAUUACUAAACAAAACUAACUGUGCUCACCUACAUUAUAAAGUCCAAGACUGCAUAGCUACAACGAAAGACUGGAGAAAGUGUCAAGCUGAACUGAAAGAGUUUAGACUGUGUAUUGAGAAAAAUCAAAAACUUGCAAACAAGGACAAUGUUUGA